UCCAUUUUACCUAGUGACACAGACACACGAUAUCUCUCCGUUACUGCUUCUUGCUGGGAGAUCACCCCAAAACAAAUUCACCUUCAAAGCAUACUUGGAACUGGGGCAUUUGGAGAGGUUUGGAAAGCUGUGGUCUACGGAAUGAAAGGACACCCUGAAGAGACUACAGUGGCUGUCAAGAGACUGAAACGUAAUUAAGGCCUAAAUUUAUUACAUUUAGGAAAGGUCUUCUACAUUUGAAAAAAUAUAAAUAAUACAUAAACGUGGUUUACGACUAAGUUAAGAAAGGAAUUCGAGGGUAUUCGGAAUCUUGACUUUUCAUAACUUAAAUAUGUUAUUUUUAAUAUUAAAAGUAUAUAAAUCAUAAUUUAUAUAGUCUGCAAUCGAUUUUCAAUAUAUCAAGAGUUUGAAAUACGUUGAAGUAGAGCAGAAUAAAUAUUAUGAGAGGAAAAAACGACGCAACCUCAUUAUCCCGACAAAAUAGUAGUAACCCAUCAAGCCGAAAAAAUUUGGAUGUACGACCGUACGACCGUACGACCCUACAAGGUGCUACUUUUAACAUGCGUGGUCAACUGUACCGCGGGCACGCCAACGCCGCGGCUUUGUUCAGUAGUCCAGUGGUCAGUGCACUGGGCUCCAAGGCGGACGACCCGGGUUCUAGUCCUGACCGGGGCGUUGUGCCCUUGAGACGUACGGGGAAAAAAAGCGAGCUCUGCUUUUAGGCUUGGCUGAAUCUAUAUAUUAUUUUAUAUUCUUGACUUUUCAUAACUUAAAUAUGUUAUUUUUAAUAUUAAAAGUAUAUAAAUCAUAAUUUAUAUAUAACAAUCUAUUGACAAUAUAUCAUAUGUUUGAAAUAAUUUCAAAGUUACGUAAUAGCGGAGCUCGCAGAGCGUAGCCUCAUAAUUAUACAAAAUAGUAGUUACCCAUCAAGCCGAAAAAAUUUGGAUGUACGACCGUACGGCCGUACGACCGUACAAGGUGCUACUUUUAACAUGCGUGGUCAACUGUACCGCGGGCACGCCAACGUCGCGGCUUUGUUCAGUAGUCCAGUGGUCAGUGCACUCGGCUCCAAGUCGGACGACCCGGGUUCUAGUCCUUACCGGGGCGUUGUGCCCUUGCGACGUACGGGGAAAAAAAAGCGAGCUCUGCUUUUAGGCUUGGCUAAAUCUAUAUAUUAUUUUAUAUUCUUGAUAAGUGCCGUCUCUCAAAACAGAUCUCCGCAAUUAGUUUCCGCCAAGUUUUCAAUGAAAAUGCGAACGAGCAGUCACUGUAAAUUUCCAAUUCAAGUGUUCGAUGUAGACCAGUGGAUAAUAUAUUUUUACCUAUUUAUCUAUUUCUUUGUCUGCACAUUACGAUAACAGGUAACUGUUCUGACCACGAACAGGAAUCAUUGGCGCAGGAAAUUGAAUUGGGAAAAUCUUUCGGUGGAGACAAACAUCCCAAUAUCGUUAAUUUCCUGGCGUGUGUUUCCACAUGCAGUGAGUGUCUAAGUAGUGAAUUUUUAAAGUGUCAUGUCGAAUCAUGUUUUUUUCUUGGAGACCAGACAUCAUUUGUCGGCUGAGGAGAGGGGGUGGAGAAUCUGGGGGGGGGGGGGAGCAUGAUAUUCCGGGGGAAAGGAGGGCGUAUUAUUUGUCUUCAGUAGAGUAUAAAGGAAGAAAUGUAGAAUAUUGACAACUAAUGAACUGCCAACGAGGGGAGGUCAUAAAAAUAUUACAGAGCCUUGUGGAAGAUCAAGUAAAUUUUACUGUGUCGCAUCCAAAAUCCUCCAAACCCACCACGCGAUAGGGAAGUUUUGGAACGAUAAGAUGAAACCAAGAAUGCAAUGUAUUUCACUCUUUGUAUUUUGAUUUCUUCGAUUCAUUCCUCUGUUCAUCAGUGUAUUCCCUUUUUCUUGUAUCCAUUCAUUCAUUCAUUUGUUUGAUCGUUCGUUCGUUCGUUCGUUCGAUCAUUCUUCUUUUCAUUUUUUGCUCUUUGCAGCUAUUCUUUUAUUUCACAUACUUAUAAGUAUCGUUGUUACGUUACAGCACCUAUGAUGUUGGUUUUGGAAUAUACUCCAUACGGGGAUGUGCUUGGCUACCUCCGGAAAAGCAGAGGAGUGGAAGAUCAGUUCUAUUGUUCCCCAGAGUGUUGCCAGCAGGAAGUGACUUCAUACGAUCUGCUUAGUUUUGCACAACAGAUUGCUUCCGGAAUGAGUUUUCUGGCAUCAAAGAAAGUAUGUGUUUGCUUAAACGCUAGGAAAUGUCUGAGAUGUAUACAUUCUUCGUCAAAUGUAAAUAGAAAUUUCCCUUAAUUUUUCCUACGAUUCGCAACUGGUCUCAAAAUUUCUCAACACCUUCCUAAGGAAAGUUAAUACUUCGGUUCCCCGAAGGCUGAUUGAUGUACUCUUCCUUUUUAUGGCCAACAGUUGUAGCUACUAUGGUUUAACAACACCGGUCGAGAAGCACUAUUUAUAAAAUAAUUCAAAUAGUACGCGCGCUCUGAUUGGCCAUAAAACCAUUUUACAUGAGCGUAUGUAAACACGGUUUUCGUUCCUCUUUCAUUAGUUAUUUUAUAAAAGAAAUGUAAAAUGGUUUCCGUGUUUACAUACGUGUUUACUCGAUAAGCUGGAAACCACUCCGCUUCGUGGUUUCCUACGCUUAUCUCGUGUUCUCCCAACCUCCCGCGUGUUUACAUCAGCCUAUGUAAACACGGAAACCAUUUUACAUUUCUUCAUUCAGCUUUGCGUUGCCUAUGCAUUUCCGCUCAAAGCAAUUCUGUAAUUUUCAGAUCCUUCAUCGUGAUCUCGCUGCAAGAAACGUUCUGUUGGGAGCAGACAGGAUUUGUAAAAUUACCGACUUUGGACUGGCUCUGAUAAGGGAUAAAUAUCAGCAGUAUCUUUAUUGCACAGCCGUUAGAAAGGUACCUGUACUUGUAAGAUCUUUAACUUCUCUGAAUGGGUGACUUUAAUCGCUUUUCAUGGAGGAACAAAGACAAUGACUCGAACUAACACUUAAUCAACUUUUUUAUUUGUGCAUACUUACUAUUGCAGUGUUUUCUUAUUUAGUUUCAUUAACUGAUUUUGUUAUCGUUUUCCAAUUCAUAGGGUCGCCUCCCGAUCAAGUGGACCGCUCCUGAGCAUCUUUUUAAAGGUUCUGACGAAAAAAACGUCAGAGUGUCAGAGAAAAGUGAUGUGUAAGUUAACUAGCUAAGGGUCAUCUUUUAACCAUUUAACUCCCAUGAGUGACCAAGACAGAAUUUCUCCUUACAAUAUCAACACAAUAUCAAGCAGAUAAGUGAUGAGAACAAAGAAAGGUCUUAAUUAGGGGAUUAUUAGUUGAUACAAUACCAAAUUCUCCAAACUAACACCAGAAGAACUACGUGGAAAACAGUAAGGAGAAUUACUAAUGAGAUCUUGGGAGUUAAAAGGUUAAUGAAACUGAAAUUUUUUUCCUUGAGCUUUCUAAUGAGUGUUUUAGCUCGAUUCUUUUUUAACUUUUCAUUCUAAAAGGUCUGUGAAUGCACUUGUACGAGAUCCUCGAAAAUACCUUGAAUCUUUUUCUUGCUCAUUGCUAUUUUUUUUAAACUCAUGCUUGUCGUAUGGCAUUGCCUUCACAAGUGAUUUGCGCCAUUUCUUUUUGAAAAAUGUUACCUUUCGGCUAAAGCCGACGUCCGUGGUUUUGUGGAGUGAUAUAACGUCAUUUCACUGUCUCUCGACCAAUGAGAACAAAAAAUUUUAUAAUUAUUUGUUAAUUUCACUUUGUUAUAUUUUCUCUUUUUAAAAUAGUUGGUCAUACGGCAUUGUUCUGUUUGAAAUAUUUACUUUAGGUGAGUUGCAUAACCUUCGGCGAUAAGUGUACCUUAAAAUGCAGUAUUGACACUGUUCAUGAAACCUCUACUGUUUGUCGUUAGGCACUUCUGAAUGACGGUUUCUCCAAAACUCGUCACUUUUUCUACACCCUCGCGGUUACACUUUUUGCAGUUACCGCUUCCGGGCUUGAGUUGAAACUGCUCUUAACCCAUAGAAAUAUCAGUCCAUUUCUUAAAAGAAAAGGGAAAUCCAUCAUUCACCCAUUAUUUGUUUUCAUCACAUUUGGACGUGCGUCACGAAAAUUAAGUCGAGUACAUCAAAUCCAGACUUCCAUGUUUACCUAUGAGUCUCCUUGGGUAUAAACGGAAGAAUAUCCGGCAAUAACCAUAAACCUCAGUUUUGUGUAAUAAACCCAGUGUUCCUGGUUUCCCGUCCAAAUAUAUCGAACGUAAUGCCAUUACUUUUAAUAGGAGGUGUACCUUAUCCAGGGUGGAACGAAUGGAAAGUUGUGUAUGAACUGAAAGUGAACAAAUAUCGGAUGCCUCAACCAGAACAUGUCAGUGAUGAGCUGUAAGUGCGAAUUAACCAAUAUUAUAAGAUUGGUGACUCGUAUGGAUUUUUAUGUUUUAUUGUUGUCUAAAUUAUAUCCCUACAAGAAGCAAGAAAAUAAUUUUAAGUUAUCUUUUUAGCUAUCUUAAAACAAAUUUCUUUAAAAAAUAGCAACAUAACUGAAUAGUGAAUAAAACUUUAGAACUGAACGGACCCAUUGAACCUGGCCAAUCAAAACUGACAAAUGCCUCCUAAGUCCUUAAUGGUUCUCAAAGGCAAUGACGAAACUGGCCAAAAAAUAUAAACAGUCAUACGGAUGAUCAAACUACCUGGUCGACAAUAAAUUUUUGGUUCUGUUUUUUUUUCCUCGAUACCCCUAAUCUGUAGAUAUCAGCUUAUGGCGGAUUGUUGGAAAGAAGACCCUGACGCUAGACCCACGUUCGAUCAUCUUCAUGAAGUAAUGACUGGAUUUUUGCAAGAAGAGGUGACUAUUAACAUUAUACAAAGUACUCCUGAUUUGCUUGUCUAUCCAUGCCAUCUCAAAAAGCGUGCUAUUUAGUCAUACCAGAUUUAAUCCAUUGCGUGGCUUAAAAUCGACAAUUGUCGCAAAUGGCAAACCUCCAUAUGUGAACCGUAAGGGCACAACUUUCUCAAAGUAACUGGUAGAGGACAGAAAUAAGCUGUACAGUAUCAAAUUUUACUGUGAAAGGGCUAUACCUAUUCUUCAAGAAUGUUUUAGUAGGAGCUAAUGUGAGUUUUCUACUCUAAGAAAUAAUGUGUAGGAGCUUCAUGAUCAAUGUGUACAUAGUCUUGAACAAUAAGAAGGCUUGUUUAUUUUAUUUAGUAAGGGUCUCUGUUGUUAGGAUUUCCUAAUUACGUAUUUUGAAUGUUGCAGUAUUGAAUGCUUUUUGAUUCCCUUUUUUUCAGCACUAUGUGGAUAUGUCAAAGUACGAGCCAAGUCUUUAUGCAAAUGUGGAGGAAAUGGUUACUUCUACAGGUCUUGCUUCCUUUGAUAAUUUGACGACUGUGCUGUAG